AAAUCCCAGUCCCAAGGCCUCCCUCAAGACAAAAUGCCCAAGGAAAUCCGUGACAUCAAGCAGUUCAUUGAGAUCGCGCGCCGAAAGGACGCGGUUGCUGCACGGAUAAAGAAGAUUGCCCCCCGCACACCGGGGGCCAAGCCGCAGACCAAGUUCAAGGUCCGGUGCUCAAGAUAUCUCUACACGCUCUCCUUGGACGACCCGGACAAGGCCGACAAGCUCAGACAGAGCUUACCGCCAACACUCGAGGUGGUUGACGUCCAAAAGAAGCCCAAGAAGAAGUAAACAGUUCGGCGGCGGGACUGGGUUAUGUACUCUUGAGGGUCACUCGGGCAGGUGAUUGUAUGUUAUGCUCUAGGCGUCUAAGCUCUUUGCUUUCUAUGCAAGCUUUUCAAAGCUUUCUUGCUUGGCCUGAGCGAUAUGUCUGAGGCGCCGGCGAAUGCAGCAAGACGCUGGUCGAGAGUUUGGGAGGGGCGUGUAUGAUGGUGCAGUGAUCGUCAUCUUUGAACCAUCCAUUCCACUAUCCCCAGCGUGACGUACAGACCCGACAACCCCAUCACAUACACCCGAACUGCCCUCGCUAUGCGAAUUUUC